UUAACGGUGUGGUUCGACCUACCCGCGACCGUGGAUUCCUUCCUUCGCCGAAAUUCCAUUGUGUUCACUCUCUCUCUCUUUCUCUUUCUCUUUCUCUCUGUCUCUCCCUCUCAUUCGUCAUCCCUUCUCCAAUCUAUCUCUUUCUAUCUUUCCACACGACGAAAGCAAGGAUGCUUGUGGCCGUUCGCGGCAAUGCAACGGCACAGCCUGCGUGUUUCCUAAGCGACGACGACUCCAGAGAAUAUAGUGACUCCAAGAUUUCAUCGUGAGAUAACUCAUAUUACAAACAUACAUAUAUACACACACAAAUAUACAUACAAACGAAACAGAGAAACAACAGCAAUUAUCCCGUUCGUGAUCGAUAAUGAAGCGUACGACGACGUGCAUCCUGUUUAAAAGAGCCGGAUUUGCGUGCUUCAGCAGCAUCGAUUUCGUACUUCGAUUUUCAAGAUAUUGUUCAACUUCAUCGAGGAUACCACGCUAGAGUGCUGAAUCGACCUAAAGAAAAAAAGAGAUAGAGAGAAAGAGAGAAAGAAAGAGAGAAAGAGAGAGAGAGGAAAGAAAGAAUGUGAAAAAGCAUGCAAGGAGGGUGGAACGGUACGAAGCACACCGAUAGAAAUCAAUAUUUCCGGCCGAUAUGGAGGCAGGAUCGAGUUCGAUGAGGUUUUUUCGAUUGGCACAACCCUGAUUCGAAGAGUUUAAUUUAUUCCAUCUUUGAGAGAUUCUUAAUAUUAACGUCGAAGGAGUAAACGUUCUUCAUAAUGUCCUUCUUCGGCUGGAAAAAAGGCGGUAGUGAUACUUCCGAUAACACUGGGAGAAAUUUACAGGAUGGCCUCUUUCAAAUAGCCUCUCAAGCUUGCCACAUUCUCGUACAGGUAAACAAUACACACAACGUUUCUUACGGAGGCGGAAGCAAUAAUGUAACGAACGUUGCAUAUUCGAAAUAUUCAACCGCGGGUGGAUCGACCACACUAUCGACAUCCACUUCGGUACGAGGAACAUCUUCGGGCAAACCGUAUCCGAAAUAUGCCGAACCACGAACGAAGGACCAAGACGUUGUGGUUCUGUUACCGCAUAGGAAAAGCAGGACACCCAAAAUCAAGCACAAAUUAUCGACGGUCUCGGAAAAUGCAAGAUUGGACGUUAAUUCGUCGACAGGUGAUGACGAUUUAGAGUUAUGGGACCAAUCUGGAUUCAUGCUGCGAAACGACGUAGACGACCCUCUCACUAAUGCAAAGUGGGGUGCGCAAGGAUGGUGCAGACCAAGUUGCAUACCAAUAACGGUGAUCUUGAUACUCAUCGUUCUCGUCGUUCUGUUACCCCUUCUUGAUCAUGCUACGGAUAAAUUCGUAUUAAAUUCUACGAACAUCGAUGCUGAACUAACUUGUAUGGAUAGCUGUAGUAUUUCUCUUGUCGAAUCUAUACCAAUUGGAUUGAAUUAUAGCAAUAAUUCGGUGUUACACGAGACUACCUAUGACUCUUGGAUGAACCUAAUCGCAAUGGCCGAAAACACGAUAGAGAUAGCGUCCUUGUAUUGGACCAUGAGAAGACAGGACGUUUAUCCGGAUGACAGUGCGAAAGAGGGCGAGGCCGUAUUCCAAGCACUUAUUGAAGCAGGACGGGACAGACAAAUUUCAUUAAAGAUAGCGCAGAACAUGCCUUCUCAUUCGUAUCCGAACAUCGAUACUGAAAUAUUGACGAAGAAAGCACACGCACAAGUAAGAAGUUUGAAUUUUGCUGGCCUCUUAGGUGGAGGUGUACUUCAUACUAAAUUGUGGCUGAUAGAUAGACAACAUGUAUAUGUUGGUUCAGCUAACAUGGAUUGGCGAUCUCUUACACAAGUUAAAGAACUGGGAUUGGUCGCUUUAAAUUGCUCCUGUUUGGCGACUGAUUAUGCCAAAAUUUUCGAUAUUUACUGGCAAUUGGGCAAAGAUGGUAGAGUGCCACCGACGUGGCCGGACUCCGUCAACACGAAAAUAAAUAUCGAUAAUCCUAUGAAUUUUAGUUUAAUGGGUAAUAAAUACAAAACGUUUAUCGCUAGUUCACCACCACCAUUUUCGCCUACUGGUAGAAGCAAUGACAUAGAUGCCAUUUUACAUUGCAUAGAAAAAGCGGAGAAAUUCAUUUACAUAUCCGUAAUGGAUUAUUUUCCCUUGGUUAUUUAUACACCAAAAAUAAAAUAUUGGCCAGUAAUAGACAAUGCUUUAAGAGCAGCUGCUAUUGACCGUAAAGUCACGAUCAAACUGUUAAUAUCACUGUGGAAACAUUCAAGAGCAUCUGAAAGUUAUUUUCUUAAAUCAUUAGAAGCAUUGACGAAUAGUUACAGAAAUGUCAACAUUGAAAUAAAACGGUUUAUAGUCCCAACUUCUACAGAACUGGACAAUAUACCGUUUUCAAGAGUUAACCAUAAUAAAUAUAUGGUUACGGAUAUUUCUGCAUACAUAGGCACAAGUAAUUGGUCUGGUGACUACUUUAUAAACACAGCAGGAAUUGGGACAGUUUUUGAAGAUGUUGGCCAUAAAAAUCAUGAAAGUAUAAGGCAACAACUGGAAAAUAUUUUUAAUCGAGAUUGGAAUUCAAAAUAUUCAUUUGAUUUAAAUAAUACCGAUCAAGUCCCACAAAAACGAAAAAUUCCAAUAGGAAAUAAUUAUCUAUUAUCAUCUCAUAUUUACCAUAUGCCUGCAUAAUCAAAACAGGUUACACAAUUACUAUAAAAAAAAAGAAAUUAAAUAUUGAUAAAAAAGAAAAAAAAAACAGAUAUAACUUCCUUCCUUAAUAUAACUUCUAUAAGUAUGAUAUAUUCUCUUUUAUUGCAUAAUAUAUCUAAAAGUUAACACACGUAUCUUAUUAAAAAAAAAAAAAAAAGAAGAUAUACUUUCUUCAUAAUAAUUAAUCAAAUAUUGGAGACUGAGAAAGGUCUGGUUUUAAAAUAACUAAGCAGUACUGAACAAUUUCUAAACGCACAUCAUGUAAAAAAAAACUAUCCUGUUGAAAGUAUACUAAGCGUGGCUUCUUCCAUUUAAUUGCUUCAUUAUAUUUUUAUACCUAUAUGAGCUUAUAUAUGCUGAUUUAAAUCCUAAAUCAAAAUAAUGCUCUCUACUUGCAAUAUUAUAUGUAAUUUAACAAAUAUAAAGUAUAGGUAAUAUACGUAUAUAAAAUUAUUUUUAUUUUGAUUAAAAAGGCCAUAAAUUCUAUAGGUAUAAAUUCUAUAUUUAAUAUAUUAUAUUAUUAAUUCUAAAUAACACAAAAUCACUGGCUACUAUUAAACUUAUGGCUGGAAAAUGCAACUAUUUUUUAUUAAAACGCAAUUAUUCCUAAACAGAGGAAAACUUGUUAAAUGAUAAAUAAUACAGAUUUUUUAUAUAAUAUUAUAAUCAAUGAA